AAACUCUAUUAUUGUUUACUCGAGCUUUUUGUACUCUAGCAGUGUAGUCAGUUAAGAUUUUAAGGACAGGGACCAGGCAGGCUUGGUUAGGCCAAGAAGUUAUAACUUCUUGGUUAGGCUACACUUUUAGACGAACUCCCGUGUGUUUCAACGUUUCUUUGUGAUGGCUAAUCCUCAACCACAACCCCCAGCUGUAAAUGGGGAUGGAAAUAUUGUCUAUGAUCAGAAGAAGCAUUUCGCAAAAGGAUUUAUUGACGCUUCUCUGGUGGUAGCAAACGCAGGGCGCCUAGACACUCUCCUCCAGACCACCACACGUGAUGUGAAGUUCUACGUGGUUCUUGUUUUACUUAUAAUGUGUGUGGUACUACAGCUGAUUCUGGCCUGGAUGCUUUGGUUCAAUUCGAUGUACGGUAAGAUUGAGCCCGGUCCGGUUCCUACACUUGAAGACUGUCUCAAUGAUGCUGAACUGUUCGAACAAGCACAAGAAAGACGCGAAAAGAGAAUUAACAACAGAGAUAUCGCCAAAAAACUCGAUGACGGUGCGGACCUCGCUCUACUUUUUAUACUUAUUCUCAAUAUUUUCAUCACAGCAUUUGGAGCAAAAGGGUCUUGAACAUCAUUAUACACGCUGACGUUACGGUACGUAUGGCUAUAAUUGACUGGAUGUUCAUUCCAAUUUACAGUAAACCUUCCAUUUUUGAAUAGGAGACAAUCUUGCCAGCUGGUUGCAUCUGGGCCGCUAACGCGACAGUCAGCGUUUUAAGCUAUGUAACAUUGUCAAAUUUGAACUAUUGUGUGAUUUUAUUUCAUUUACAUUUUUUGUUUUAUUUCUCAUUUUGAUUUGUAAUUUGCCAAACAACUUCACAUAGAAGUCCAAAAUGAAACUGAAUUUGACUGUUGUGUGUUUUCUGUUUUUUUUUUCGUUUUGCAAAAAAAAAAAAAAAUAAUAAUAA